UUGAUUGCUUUUUUUUUGCAGGAGGCAGUCAAGACAGAAAACAAUGAACACAUAAACCUGAAGGUGGCAGGUCAGGAUGGAUCUGUUGUGCAGUUUAAGAUCAAAAGACACACGCCGCUCAUCAAACUCAUGAAGGCCUACUGCGAGAGACAGGGACUGUCGAUGAGGCAAAUCAGGUUCAGAUUUGAUGGACAACCAAUAAACGAGACAGAUACACCAUCACAGGUACAUCUGAAGCUUAAAACAAUGAGUACUUGCUCUGAACCAAUCACCGAUCAUAGGGAU